GACGGGGGAGACGGCUGCCCCAGUGGGAGAGGCGGCGACGGCGGCGGCCGACGAGGAGGAGGGGGAAGCGGCGAAGGGCUCCAGACCCAGUUCCUGGACCUGCUCUGGAAAAGAAGUAUCCAGUAGAGAUGAGCUCACUGCAGUUACUUAAUUAAAAAUGUCUGAGCUGCAAAUAUGACUGGGCCAACCAAGGAAAGCUACAGUUUGAGUUUUUCUAUUUCCAGAAAAUGCUUGGACAGAAGAGAUGAGUACUAAUUCCACUAAGGCCUAGAAUUGCCUACUCUACAGCUAGUCCUGAGCAGGCAACUUACGAAUGGCCCAAGGAAGCCACCAAAUUGAUUUUCAGGUUUUACAUGACCUGCGACAAAAAUUCCCUGAGGUGCCUGAAGUUGUUGUAUCCAGGUGCAUGUUACAGAAUAAUAAUAAUUUGGAUGCCUGCUGUGCAAUUCUCUCUCAGGAGAGUACAAGGUAUCUUUAUGGUGAAGGAGACCUGAAUUUUUCAGAUGAUUCUGGAAUUUCUGGUCUACGCAAUCACAUGACUUCUCUCAACUUGGACUUGCAAUCACAGAAUGUCUACCACCAUGGAAGAGAAGGGAAUAGAAUGAAUGGAAGUAGGACUUUAACACACAGCAUUAGUGAUGGACAACUUCAAGGUGGUCAGUCCAACAAUGAACUGUUUCAACAGGAGCCACAGACAGCACCAGCUCAAGUUCCUCAAGGCUUUAAUGUUUUUGGAAUGCCCAGUACAUCCAGUGCUUCAAAUUCAACGCCACAUCUUGGAUUUCACCUAGGCAGCAAAGGAACAUCAAACCUUUCUCAACAAACUCCCAGGUUUAACCCCAUUAUGGUAACUUUAGCCCCAAACAUACAGACUGGUCGUAGUACUCCUACAUCUUUGCACAUACAUGGUGUACCUCCACCUGUACUUAACAGUCCACAGGGAAAUUCUAUCUAUAUUAGGCCUUACAUUACAACUCCUAGUGGUACAGCACGACAUACACAACAGCAUUCUGGCUGGGUAUCUCAGUUUAAUCCCAUGAACCCUCAACAAGUCUAUCAACCUUCACAGCCUGGUCCUUGGACUGCAUAUCCUGCAUCUAAUCCUCUGCCACAUACCUCAACCCAACAGCCAAAUCAGCAGGGCCACCAGACCUCUCACGUCUACAUGCCUAUCAGUUCACCUACUACUCCACAACCGCCAACAAUCCAUUCAUCUGGUAGCUCACAGUCUUCUGCCCAUAGCCAAUAUAACAUUCAGAAUAUUUCAACAGGACCUCGAAAAAACCAGAUUGAAAUCAAACUUGAACCCCCACAAAGAAAUAAUUCUUCAAAAUUACGUUCUUCUGGACCUCGAGCCUCCAGUACUUCCUCUUUGGUCAACAGCCAGACCUUAAAUAGAAAUCAGCCCACUGUUUACAUAGCUGCCAGUCCUCCAAGUACUGAUGAGAUGAUCUCCCGCAGUCAACCUAAGGUCUAUAUUUCAGCUAAUGCCACCACAGGAGAUGAGCAAGGCAUACGGAACCAGCCUACACUCUUCAUAUCCACAAACUCUGGAGCAUCUACAGCCUCCAGGAAUAUGUCUGGGCAAGUGAGCAUGGGUCCUGCCUUUAUUCAUCACCACCCUCCCAAAAGCCGAGCAAUAGGCAGUAACUCUGCGACUUCUCCUCGAGUGGUGGUCACUCAACCCAACACAAAAUAUACUUUCAAAAUCACAGUUUCUCCCAAUAAACCCCCUGCAGUUUCCCCAGGGGUGGUAUCUCCUACCUUUGAACUUACAAAUCUUCUAAAUCAUCCUGACCAUUAUGUAGAAACAGAGAAUAUUCAGCACCUCACGGACCCUGCCUUAGCACAUGUGGAUAGAAUAAGUGAAGCACGGAAAUUGAGUAUGGGAUCUGACGAUGCUGCCUACACACAAGCUCUAUUGGUACAUCAGAAGGCCAGAAUGGAACGGCUUCAAAGAGAACUUGAGAUGCAAAAGAAAAAGCUGGAUAAACUAAAAUCUGAGGUCAAUGAAAUGGAAAAUAAUCUAACUCGAAGGCGCCUGAAGAGAUCAAAUUCCAUAUCCCAAAUACCUUCACUCGAAGAAAUGCAGCAGUUGAGAAGUUGUAAUAGACAACUCCAGAUUGACAUUGACUGCUUAACCAAAGAAAUUGAUCUUUUUCAAGCCCGAGGACCACAUUUUAACCCCAGCGCUAUUCAUAACUUUUAUGACAAUAUUGGAUUUGUAGGUCCUGUGCCACCAAAACCCAAAGAUCAGAGGUCCACUAUCAAAGCACCAAAGACUCAAGACACAGAAGAUGAUGAGGGGGCUCAGUGGAAUUGCACUGCCUGUACUUUUUUGAAUCAUCCAGCCUUAAUCCGCUGUGAACAGUGCGAGAUGCCACGGCAUUUCUGAGCCAGAAGGCCUCAUGUCUUCCAUAAAACGCCAGAAAGUCGUCUAUCGUCGGGCGUUUCACUGCUAUAGAGGAUUUUGUCCAAUUGAAGGAAUGACAAGAUGGUGUUCGGCUAAUGUUCAGCAUCAGCCCACAGAGCUAAUGAUACCUCAGUCUAAUGUCAUGGGCAGUUGAAAUUCGUCACAUGAAUGGUGACCUGCUGAAAGACUGGGUUGCCUACUGCCUGACCUUGUGCAGUGUUACUACAUCCCACGAUGGACCGUUCUCACUCUGUCAAUGCCUCGGUGUGCCCAGCACUUUCCCCCUCGCGUCACUACUGAAUUUUGACAGGAGGGAGGAAUAGAAUGAUAGCUGUCUUGUUCUUUUAAAGCUUUCAGUCAAACACUACACACAUAAGAGAAAGAACAAGGUUUAACUAUUUAAAAAACUCUUUGCUGCCGCAUAGUGCCAGCGGAUGCGGGAAGAACUUCACAAAUCUGUGGUACUCUUGGCCUUGUCUUUGUCUUGAAGACGUCUCUGUGAAGCCAGCAUCUAGGGUCUAAUGAUGAAAAGGAAAGCAGUAUGCAUUGUCUACAAAUCCACAGUGAAACCCCCAAUGCUUUUCCUACUGUACAGAUCGCUCCAGUCUGCUUUAAUGAUUUCUUCAUUAUUUUCUUAUAUUUCUAUAUGUAUAGUGUAAUAACUUUUGUUAACUAACUUUCUUCUUUCCUUUUAGUGAGUAAGCACGAUCAUGUUCCUUUUUAAGCCUUACCUGAGAAAAGCAAUGCCGUAAAUAAAAAGCAUUAAUGAAUUGAAACUAUGCACAAAAAACUUUCCUCUACUUACUCUGUACUUUGCCCCCAUGGGUGCCAAUGUUCUGUGAAGACAUACAAAUGCUGCACAGGAAUUGCAGAAAAUAUUACAGUUAUGUCUGUAGGUCUCACUAGAGACUGACUCGGCAGUGGGUGACCAAACACAUUGUUUUGUCUUCCACAGAAGCUUAAAGUAGAAAGUAUUCUAACCCACUGACAGCUUGUCCACCUCUUGGUGUCCCACAGGAGAUUACCAUUGGGAAAGUACAUUUUCAAAACCAGCAGUGCCAACAGCCCUUUUUUUUUGAAAGAAGUUUAAAUGCUUUGCUGUUGGAACAAUCCAUUUCUACCCUGCCUUGGUGGCAGUAUCAUGUGUAUUUAUAAAACAUAGUCAUCUUUAGGACAACUGAAGAAAAGCUGGAAAAAAAGAAAAAGAAAAACAAGCAAACUUGAACACUGAAGCAACCUCAAACAUCUCUUUAUUUUGAUGAUAUAUUUUUGUAAGGAAAAUAAAUAUUCAGAUGAUCAGGAAUGUAUAUAACUAAAUGGAAUCAAGAAAAAGUAACAGUAUGCAUUUAAAAAGAAUUAUGAAAUUAUAUCAGUGCUUAGAAUGGAGCUAAGGGCAGUGCUGAAGAACAGCAAAAGAUGGGAAGUAACGGAGAUUGGCGCCCACUGUAAGUGUUUGCAAGUGGCUGUGUUUUAAAUAAACAGGAUAAUUACAGGUGGUCGUUACAGAGUCAGCCUUGGCUUUCAGGCUUGACGUUCUGUGUAUGGAAGGAGAUAUGGCAAUCCUAGUUAACUCGACAAUAGACCCCACGCUCGUCCAUUUGAUGCAUCUUGUUUUAUUUUAAAGUAGGCCUUGUUUUUCAGCUUCCUCUGCAGUUCUAUGUGAAGAUUGAUAAAUCAGUUUUUACUUGUUUUAUUAAUAAAACGUAAUUUGGAUAUCUUGAGUUGAUGGUUUUGUGAUUUAGCUGGGUAAACUUUGUAACAGAUAAGUUAUUUAUAAAAAUUAAAAAAACUUAUAUUCUAA